AUGUCGCAAGUUCUGACUGACACUUAUGGGAACUACCAUAGCGAAAUGGAAAGGACAUUUGCGUCUAUUCGAAAACAGGCAUCGCAGCUGCAAGAAGAUUUCCCAAGUUUAAUGAACGAUAUUAAACCUAAGACUAAAGACAUUGUUAAAGCUGUUGGGGCUACUAGUCAAGUAACAGGACCACAACGAGUUGUAGUCGAGGUUUUUGCAUGGUCGACAGUGCUGGUUUUCGCGUCGACACUUGGCUCC